GGAGCACUUCAAGAGUGAAAUGGAGGAGGACCAGCAGAACCCGGAGCAACAGAACCCGGACCAGCAGAACCUGGACCAGCAGAGCAACAAGGUCCCCAAAACACCAGCAGCAGGCUCGUCCUCUGAUACCACCGAUGUUCAGAAACGAAGAGGUGGAGGGGGACUCAAACGUCACAGCUUUGAGCUCUGUGGCAAAUCCUUCACAACAUCUGGAAGUUUAAAGAUUCAUGAGAGAGUUCACACUGGAGAGAAACCGUACAGCUGCGACCAAUGUGGUAAAACGUUUUCUGUUGGUAGUUACCUUAAAAGCCACCAACGCAUUCACACUGGAGAGAAACCGUACAGCUGUCACCAAUGUGGGGCAGUUUUCACCAGUCAAGGUAAUAAAAGCCACCAACGCAUUCACACUGGAGAGAAACCGUACAGCUGCAACGAAUGUGGCACAACUUUUACUCGGAGUACUCACCUUAAAAGACACCAACGCAUUCACACUGGAGAGAAACCGUACAGCUGUCACCAAUGUGGGGCAGUUUUCACCAGUCAAGGUAAUCUAGAAAACCAUCGACGUGUUCACACGGGAGAGAAACCGUACCGGUGUGACCAAUGUGGUAAAACCUUUACUCAGAGUAGUCACCUUAAAUCCCACCAGUGCAUUCACACUGCAUCGUUGUGAACAUGUUUCAGAGGCCAGCUAGCUGUUUCCUCCUGCCUCCUCCCCAUGCCCUGAUAGCUAUGUUGUUAUAUUCUGAGCUUCUCUCCACAUUGAAGUCUGACCAACAGUAACUUUACAAAACAAUUCAUCAAGAAAAUAUUCAGCAGAUUAAUGGAUGGUAAAGAAAAAAAUGUAUUACAUGAAUAAAGGUCAGUAUGUAGCCGUAGCCACAAGAACAUACAUGCUGUUUAGAACAUAAAGACCAGAAACUGUUGACUGUAGUCGAACCCCUGGGCCUGUGCCCCACAGACCCGUUCAAUAAUCCAUCCACGAGUCGACAGCUGGAGAAAGAUCAAGGAGGACAUUCACAUCCGACACCAGAGACCAUCUUUGAACAGAGACAGGGGUUACCAUCUCCCCCCGAAUACAACCACCUGUUAUCAUGUGACUGUGCUGGACUAGCGUCAUGUGAUGACAUCUGAGGAAGGUUAAGUGCUGAAGAAGGCCAUGGAAGGUGGUCAAAAGCUCCAAAAAGAAAGUAUGUGAGCCUUGAGUUUAGAAUGAUUUAUUCCAGAUGUGUUCCCAUUAUUGUUUUUAUCAGCUUCAUGCAUAUUCUUUUGUUCUUAUUGUUUUAUAGUUCAACAUUAUAUUUUCCUCCUCUGUGUAGUUUUCAUUGAAUAAUCUUUAUUUUACAUUUAUAUUCUUGUUUUUAUUUUCUAUGACUGAAUGUGGUUCAGUCAAUCUGUUG